AUGCAAAGCAGAAAGAUCCACGGAUACCCACAACAGCAAUACUAUGGUGAUGAUAGCUCGUGGAUGGAAACAAAGGCUCAACAGUUACAGAGCCAUGGAUAUCCACAGACACAACAAUAUCCAGGCAUGAAACCUGGUUAUGACAAUGAUUCUGAUUACUCGAUGCCAAAACAUCACGGCCAUGACUCUAACCACAAUAUGUAUUAUCAGGACAGCAAGCCUCAUGGCCAUGGUCAUGACUAUGAUAAUAAGCAUGGUCAUGGCAAUGGCCAAAUGUUCCCUUUUGGUGCUACCACUAAUCACUCACCUCAUCAUGGUAGCAGUGUAAAGCCAUUCAAACAUGGUGGUGGCCACAACGAUUAUGUGUCAGAACAUGAGUAUGAGGUUUACAAGGAGGAGCAUGUCGGUUCUGGCACGACGAAGAAGGAUGAAGUGAGAUAUGAGAGGCGUGGAACAUAUGGAGGAGAUGUUUAUCAGGCCAAUCCAUAUGGAUACAACAAUAGCAUGAAUAAUCCUCGUGGUCAUGGAACAAAAAAAGCCAACUGGACACUAAAAGGAGUUUAA